AUGGCGACUGCCACCACCACCAUGGUGCGGCCAGAAACCCUGGCCAAAAGAGCCAAAUUAGCCCCGGAGAAUGAGCGGUUUUUGCGCGCAUGCUCUGAUAUUGCAAAUGCCUUGAUUCAAGAUUACGAGUCUCAGCGAGAUCCUACAAAGCCGAAGAAAGAUCUCAACUUGAACCGACUGCGGGGUCAAGUGUCCAAAAAGCAUUCACUCAACUCGCAGCCCCCGCUCACUGCUAUCAUUGCUGCUGUUCCUGAGCAUUACAAGAAAUAUAUUCUUCCUAAACUAAUUGCAAAGCCAAUCCGAACAUCGUCUGGAAUCGCCGUCGUUGCUGUCAUGUGCAAGCCGCACCGUUGCCCUCAUAUCGCGUACACGGGAAAUAUCUGUGUCUACUGUCCAGGUGGGCCGGAUUCGGACUUUGAAUAUUCAACGCAAUCCUACACUGGAUACGAACCAACGUCAAUGAGAGCUAUCCGAGCUCGGUACGACCCUUUCGAGCAGGCCCGCGGGCGUGUCGACCAACUAAAAUCGCUCGGGCAUAGCGUCGAUAAAGUGGAAUACAUCAUCAUGGGUGGAACGUUCAUGUCCCUCUCAGAAGAAUACAGAAAUACCUUUAUAUCGCAGCUCCACAAUGCGCUGAGUGGAUACCAGACCGACAACGUCGACGAGGCUGUACAAGCUGGAGAAAUGAGUAAUAUCAAAUGCGUGGGAAUCACCAUUGAGACCCGUCCCGACUACUGCUUGGACCAACAUCUUAGCAGCAUGCUACGCUAUGGAUGCACGAGGUUGGAGAUUGGCGUGCAAAGCCUGUAUGAAGAUGUCGCGCGAGACACAAACCGAGGACACACUGUCGCUGCUGUUGCAGAGACAUUCAAAUUAGCCAAGGAUGCCGGGUUCAAGGUGGUCAGCCAUAUGAUGCCUGACUUACCCAAUGUCGGAAUGGAGCGAGAUCUGGACCAGUUUCGCGAAUAUUUUGAAAACCCAGACUUUCGAACUGAUGGGCUGAAGAUCUACCCGACACUUGUUAUUCGUGGUACUGGGCUUUAUGAGCUGUGGAGGACGGGACGAUACAAGAACUACACGCCGAAUGCGCUUAUUGACAUCGUCGCUCGAAUUCUAGCCUUGGUGCCCCCUUGGACCCGUAUCUACCGUGUGCAACGUGACAUUCCUAUGCCACUGGUCACCGCCGGUGUCGAGAACGGAAAUCUGCGUGAACUUGCUCUGAGCCGCAUGAAGGACUUUGGUACAACGUGUCGCGAUGUACGAACCCGAGAAGUCGGCGUGAAUGAAGUGAAAAACAAGAUCAGGCCUUCUCAGAUUGAGCUGGUGCGGCGCGAUUAUACUGCAAAUGGCGGCUGGGAAACGUUCCUCGCAUAUGAGGACCCCAAGCAGGACAUUCUAAUCGGCCUUUUGCGGCUGCGCAAGUGCAGCGCCACUCAUACAUUCCGCCCCGAACUCACAGGCCAGCAAACCAGUUUGGUGCGAGAGCUCCAUGUAUACGGCUCUGCUGUCCCAUUGCACGGCCGAGACGCGCGCAAAUUCCAACACCGAGGGUUCGGAACGCUCUUGAUGGAGGAAUCCGAGCGCAUAGCCAGAGAGGAACACAACAGCCAGAAGAUCAGUGUCAUCUCUGGUGUCGGUGUGCGGAGUUAUUACGCACGGCUGGGUUAUAGUUUGGACGGUCCGUAUAUGUCGAAGAUGUUGGAUCCUCUUGAUGACGACGAGCAAUUCUAG